AUGCGUGAUCAGCGAGUGUACGCCAUCUCUCGGGGGCUUAACAAGCUCACAAGCUCGACAGCAACUUACUUGACGGGUACGCAACCAGCAGUACAGUUAUUGCAAAAGUCCGACGUGGUGCCGCAGAAGCCGUACUGGCUGCAGCAGACAUUGAGAGGGCAAUCGGCCACAUUUCCCCAGGGGCCGCACUGGGCCGUGGCGUUGCAGUUGCUAAUACACCCAUCGCCACACCAUUCGGGUCCAAAUCCGCAGCUGAAGUGA